GUUUAACCACUAGUGGUGAUAGACUAUAACUAUAUAUGACUUAGGAUGUGGUAUACAGAAUCAUUUUAAUUUAUUUAUUUAUGGAUAAAUAGGAUAGUGUAAUAUAUAUUGUUAAAUGAGAAAAAUGGAUAUUGAAACGUGGAAAUCACAAAUUUUCGAUGAAAUUGAACAGGUCACCUUCAAAAGAAGGGACAUUUUCAUCAUGGCUGACAACAUUCCUGUCAUUCGGCAGAUAGACAGACAACUGUUGAAUUGUGGAAUUUGUCUAGAGAGAUACAAAAGUCCAAAAGUUUUACCUUGUUUGCACACUUUCUGCGCCACCUGUUUAUCAGACUAUAUUCCAUCUGAAAGUCUUUCCGUUACAUGUCCCAUCUGCAGACAACAGUCAAUUUUACCGCUAGAGGGAGUUUGUGCAUUACAAACAAACUUUUUCAUAACAAAUCUAAUGGAAGUUGUGGAUCAGCCAAAUAUUUGUCGAACCUGUAGUGGACAACCGGCACGUCCAGUGUCAAAAUGUAUGGACUGUAAUGAAUAUCUGUGUGAUAAUUGUACCAUGACCCAUCAAGCUUUAGAACAAACACAAGAACAUAAUAUUGUCUCGUUACAAGAUAUAUCUGGUUGUAGUGACAGUUUAGAAGAAGAAACACUGGUUUGUCCAAGUCAUGAUGGGAACCAGUUACAUUUUUAUUGUUGCGCAUGUGAAACAGCUAUGUGUGAAGACUGUACUGCUGUUGAACACAUGGGGCACAAAAUGAUCCCGUUAGAGGACGCAAUACAAGAACAUAAAAUAUUACUUCAAAGUUUAAUACUUGGUGCUCGAGAACAAGUCCCAUGCUUAGAAAGUUCUAUUACCAUGGUGUCCGAAGUUGCUGAAUCUCUACAAAAUAAUAGCAAAGCAGCAGAAGAUAAAAUUAAUCAAACUUUCAAUGAUCUAGUCAAUGUUAUUAGUGAACGGAAGACUGCACUUAUUGCUGAAUUGCAAACAAUUUAUGAUCACAAAUAUCAAAUAUUGCAAACACAGAAGGAUACUUUAGAAAACAUUCUGACCAGAAUCAAUAACUGCUGUGAUUUCACUGAGGAGAAACUGAAAGGAGGAAAUGAAACUGAAAUCCUCUUAAUGAAAACCGAAAUGUCAGAAAAAUUACAGGAGUUAGGAUCAAUAAAAUUACAAUAUCAACCAGAAGAAAAUACAUGUCUAGUCUAUGAUUCAUCAAAUUUGUCUAAUCUACAUAGAAGUAUUCAAAAAGUUGGCUGUAUUCAAAGUAAUAGUGCAAUAGCUUUCGAAACCACGGCAACAGGUGAAGGUCUUAAACUUUGUUACAUUGGACGACCUUCUGUUGUUACAGUUACCACAAAAGACAGGAAAGGGGAACUUGUCAAAUUGGGUUAUGGAACAUUAACAGCAGAAGUUAAAAAUGAAACAGAAGAAAAAGUCAUUCCAACAGUCCUAGACAAUCACAAUGGGACUUACGAAUUGUCAUAUUCAUUAUCAAAAGAAGGUACAUACAAAUUGGAGGUCAAAUUGUAUGAUCAACAUGUUAAGGGGUCCCCAUUCAAGGUCAAAUGUAUUCCCGGAGGAGAAGAACUAGAUCAUUUUGGGGGCUCAUCCAAAAUUCCAAGGACAGUCAAUGUCAAACAGAAAGGAACAAAAAGGCCAUCAAGUUCAAGGUCACAUGGGUCAAACAGACGUAGCAAUCCAAUUGAAGAUGACUUGCUGAUGAGGGUAGGCACUAAAGGAAGAAACAAGGGAGAAUUCACUAAUCCACAAGGUGUAUGGGCUGUAAAUGGAAAAGUGUUAGUUGCCGAUAGUAACAACCAAACUGUUUCAGUGUUUAAUACAGCUGGUGAAUGCAAAUUACGUUUCGGUGCACCAGGCAGAAUAGCGGGAAAAUUACAGAGGCCCACUGGAGUGUCUACAACUGUAAAUGGGAACUAUUUAGUCGCAGAUUAUGAUAACAAAUGGAUCAGUGUGUUCUCCCCAGAUGGAAAGUACAUUAACAAAAUCGGCACUGGAAAACUUUUGGGACCAAAAGGUGUCGCUGUUGACAAAAAUGGUCAUAUUAUUGUAGUAGACAAUAAGGGAAGUUGUGUUUUCAUUUUUCAAUCAAAUGGAAAACUUUUGUCAAAAUUUGGCUCACGUGGUAACCGUGAUUGGCAAUUUGCUGGACCUCAUUUCGUAGCAAUUAAUUCAAACAAUGACAUUAUUGUCUCAGAUUUUCACAAUCACUGUGUUAAAGUAUUUAAUAGUGAAGGGAAUUUCCUAUUUAGUUUCGGAUCAAAUGGUGAAGGAAAUGGACAGUUUAAUGCUCCAACCGGAGUGGCUGUGGACCAACUAGGAAAUAUCCUUGUAGCAGAUUGGGGGAACUCAAGAAUACAGGUUUUUGAUAGCAAUGGUUCAUUCCUGACUUUCGUCAAUACAUCAGCGGACCCAUUAUAUGGACCCCAGGGACUAACAGUUACACCAGAGGGCCUUGUUGUUGUUGGUGACUCUGGUAACCAUUGUUACAAAGUGUACAAAUAUCUACAGUAGUUCCUGUAACACAUGUGACAAUCUACAAGUAAACCACCUUUCCAGAAUCAAAAGGACUAUGGGUUAUUUCGCUGUUUCUUGCUCAAAAUAAGAACCAAGACAUGUGAUUGGUUGAAUUUUGAUUGUUUCGAAAAUUGUUAAUCAAUUGCAAUGUUCCAGUGUAAGCUUUUGAUAAUAUUACCCAUAGAAUAAAUUCUGAGAAGGUGAACUGUGAAAUCAGUGUAAUGAUUUUUUUGUCGUUUGAAUCUUAAUCAGCUGAAAUCUCACUGGCUAUAUUCUGUGUAAUUCGUCAGUUUGCUUUAAUUUCCAUAAUUUGACUCACAGUAUUUUACCUGAAAAAUUGAAACAUAGCUAUAUUGAACUCCUUUGAUAAAAUUGAAAUAGAUUGAUUGAUUGAGUAGUUGUGGCCCAAAUUGAACCUAUUUUGAAAUUUUGUUAUAUCAAAUCUUCAUAUCUUGAUUUCCAAAUGCAGUCAACUUAAAUAUUUACAAACAUGUAACAAAUACUGUUUACCUUAAAAAAGUUGCACUCUUUUUCACUGUCAAAGGGAAGUAAUGCUUAUCCUUUUACUGAAUUUUUAUUCUAAAAAUUUUAAUAUUUUUUCUAAGCAGUAUUUAUACACAAUCAUCAUUGAAAUGAUUUAUGUAAAUGGCAAAAUAUUUUUUUGACAAUUUUUUUAACUUUAGUUGCAAAAAUAACACAUCAGAGCUUGACCAAUUUUUCAGUUGGAGGAUACUUUAGAAUACUUUUAUUUGUUUCAUAUCAUAGGCGGAUCCAGUGGGGAACCCAAGGGGGCCGCCCCCCCCUUUUCGUGGGAAAAAUUUGGUUGAUUAUAUAGGGAAUCAUUGAAGCAUGACUGAAGCAUCCCCCCUUUAGGUCAGUCAGUGAGCCCCCCUUAGGAAAAGUUCUGGAUCCGCCACUGGAUAUGAAUCCUUCAGAAUACAUUUAUUUGUUUCAUAUUUCAUAUGUCAUGUAAAUAAGUCAAUGUAAAUCAAUGUAUAUAUAUAUAUAUAUAUAUGCUUAUCUUCUGUUUUUCUUUUGUAAAAAGAUGACAUUGUUAUCAAAUACAUUUUUUACAUGUUGAUGUUGUUAAGAUUUGUGAAAAGGUCUCAUUUAACCUUUAACAAAGAAAAAUGUACGUACUUUUCCUUUAGUGUGUGUCAUUCUAAAGAGAACUGACUGCUUGUAAAUGAUUGCUUUUACACUUUGUGCCUUUGAUAUUAGUGCUAAAAGAUCUUCCAAUUUAUUUAUUGUUUGGUUUAUAUUUUGUACUUUGUUUUUACUUACAAGUAGUGCAGUUACCAAUUAUUCUCUCUUGAUUAUGACUGUUUAAAAAAAUUAAAGAUUAAUUUAAUAUCAUGCUAACACUUGAAUGUUUAAGGUAUCUAGCAUUUAUUUUAGAUUAAUUCAUACCUGCUAACUGUCACUAUUUGCGGGGGAUUGCCCCCAUGGAGGCUCCCAAAUCGUAUUUUGUAAGAGCAAUUGUGUCCACUAUUUUAAAGAAAACAAUUAAUUUAACAAUGGCUAUGAGCUUGUUAAAGCACGAAAAAGCCAAAACAAACACAUUAGAAGAUAUUUGAAGGCCCCCUUGAAGGUUUUGUAGGACUAUAAAAACCAUCUUUCACGUAAAACCCUCAUGGGCAUUUUGAAAAGUUAGCAGGUACGGAUAAUAUACUUUUUUAUCCAUUUUUAUAACAUCACACAGUUGAAUCCAUGUAUAAAGAAAUACAUCGAAUUCUGUUGUAAAGUAACUUCACUUAAUUGACAUAUUUUGCAUUAAUAAGUUCAGAUUUCUUUUGAACGGUUAUUAUCUCUUAAUUAAGAGUCAAACUUCAAUAUUGUUUGCUGAAAAGUAAAAAAAAAUGGUAUACUAUAGUAAUUUCUUUCUGGCAAUUAGUAUGCAUAUGAAAAGGUAUGUUUAAUAUAUUGAAGUUUCCAACCUAUGAACGAAUAAGGUGUCAACAUUUUCAUGGAACCCUUUUAUCGCAAUUUCUUACCUGAAUACCCCUCGUAUAGAAGAACAUUUAAUUGUUUCAUAGAUGAGUUGCAUAUGUAUUAUCUCUGGCUGUCAUAUGCAGAUUUCAUCAUUUUCAAAUUAAAAGACUACAAGUAAAAACAUAUAGGUUUAGUCAUACCUUGGUAUUUUAAAAUUGUAACCGCCAUGAAUGUCAAAUUUCUACUCUCUAAUUAAUAUUUUCUUGGAAUGCACAUAUAUCAGUCACAAAAAGCAUCAUCUAUAUCAAACACAUGCAACAAGAUAUUUCAUUGUGUGUUGUAAGUAUUUAAUAUGACAAGGAAGUUUAUUGUUUUCUGUGACAAAAUAUGAAUAAUACAGCUUGCAUCUUUAAAACAAUCAUAUUGCUCGCUGCAUCAAUCAUGUUAAUAUAUUAAUGUCAUAACUCUAAUGUGUGCUUUGUUCUUUGUGGAGCAAUGAACGAGAGAGUGUUUUUAAUAUGUAUACCAGUGAUUUAACAGUAUUCUAUAAAUGUACGACUUUAAAACUUAUACUACAUCAUGCUGUUUUAGAUCU